GUAUCUAUUAUCCCACUCCCGUUGAUCUACGCUAUCAAAGUAGUAACUUUGCCCCAAGGUUUAUCCUAUGCCCACAUCCUUUUAUCCCCCAAUCAGCGACUAUCAGCCUUCUUACACGCUUCCCAUCAGUACACCCCCAGCAGAGAGUCUGGGAUCAGCUUCCCCAUCAUGGUCUCCGCCUACUCGCAACCAAAACCCAGCUUCUAAAUCCAAGGUCACCAAGUCGCGCGGUGGGAGGUCUCGUGGGAAAAGAGACGGAACGGUUGCCAGUUGUAACCUUCACCUUACUGGGCCAUUGAGUAUCAUGACUCAGGACAUGGUUGACCCUCCAGUGCGAGACAUGGAGGCUUGGGUCAAUCGAUCACUUGAGGAGCGCCAACAGGAGGUUGAUGCUAAGAAUGGUGAAAUUCCUCGUCCAAUGAACUCUUUCAUGCUCUACCGAUCUGCCUACAUUGCUCGCAUUAAGACCUUGCUGGGGAAGAACUGCAAUCAAAACGUUUCACGGAUUGCCGGUAUCAGUUGGAGGGCAGAGACCAAGGAAGUUCGUGAGAAGUUUGAGAACCUGGCCGUCGUCGAGCGCCAGAAUCAUGCAACUUCACACCCGGGAUACAAGUUCAAGCCACACAAAGGACCAGCUACUACGCGGAGGACAGGUGAAUAUACUCCUCCGCGCUCGUCUGCUACUCCGGGGGCUUCGAUUCGUGGGAGUUCGGUUGAUUGGGACGACAGGCACAUGCGAGAGGGAACUCCCAGUAUGAUGCACCACCGUUUGGAAAGCUUUGAUGUUGGCUACAUGGCCAGCAGUCGAGGCUCAAUUCCCUUCGGCACUCCUGACUCGACGUUAGGCGCAGGUGCAAGUGGGUACUUGACCCCCAUGUGGAGCAAUACCAGCUACCCCAAUGGUGGGUUGCAUCCCAUAGGAACACAUGUGGAGGACCUGCAGUUCUCUCGAGCCAGCCCAAUGCCACACGAGCUUCCCUAUGUUUCGUCCACCAAUGGUCUGACUGGUAUUCCCGGCGCUUCGCACGAGCUGCUCCAGCCUCAACCCACCCACCCCGUGUCCACCCAGAUCAUCGGUGGCCACAUGGACCCUCAGCUGCUCGAUUACACGAGCGAGACUAACGGUCUCCCCAUGCUCCCUGGCCCACCCACUCCCCCAACCAACCCUUACCAUCUUUGGGCUGAAGAAGGGUGCUAUCUUCCAACAACGGACUCCACAGUGCCCAGCCCCGUCCCAUUUCCUCUCCCUGCUAGUUACCCCGUCCCCAUGCAGCAUGGACCUUCUUGGGAUGCCAAGUAUCCCGACCCCAACAGUCUCUUGGGUGACUCAACGAGUCAGGAAAUAGAUUCGUGGUUGGAUCAACCAUCCUCAAACUAUUAG